AUGAAAAAGAGACGUGAUGAUGCAACAUUGAUCUUUUUCCAAAUAUGGAAGCAAGGAAGCGAAAGGUAUGCCAUUCUUCAGGCAGUCUUCAUAUCUAUCUAUCUAUCUAUCUAUCUAUCUAUCUAUCUAUCUAUCUAUCUCAGUAUAUCCAUAUUUGUCUUCAUGUCUAUCUAUCUAUCUAUAUAUCCAUCUAUCUCUAUCUAUCUAUCUAUCCCAUCUAUUCAUCUAUCUAUCUAUCUAUCUAUCCCAGUCUGUUCAUCUAUCUAUCUAUCUAUCCAUCUAUCCAUCUAUUCAUCUAUCUAUCUAUCUCAUAUAUCCAUAUUUGUCUUCAUAUCUAUCUAUUUAUCUAUCUCAGUAUAUUCAUAUUUCUUCAUAUCUAUCUAUCUAUCUAUCUCAGUAUAUUCAUAUUUCUUCAUAUCUAUCUAUCUAUCUAUCUCAGUAUAUUCAUAUUUCUUCAUAUCUAUCUAUCUAUCUAUCUAUCUAUCUAUCUAUCUAUCUAUGUCUUUGUAUAUUCAUAUCUAUCUCAAUAUAUUCAUAUUUGUCUUCAUAUCUAUCUAUCUCAGUAUAUUCAUAUCUAUCUAUCUAUCUAUCUCAGUAUAUUCAUAUCUAUCUAUCUAUCUAUCUAUCUAUCUCAGUAUAUUCAUAUCUAUCUAUCUAUCUAUCUAUCUAUCUCAGUAUAUUCAUAUCUAUCUAUCUAUCUAUCUAUCUAUCUAUCUAUCUAUCUAUCUAUCUAUCUAA